GUGCAUCCCUCAUUGCUAUUCCAUUCGGAAAUCUUGUCUGCGCCGAGGUCGGUUAUGGCGAAGAGCUCCGCUUGAACUUGCAAGUACUUGUUGCUGCCUCGCUCGGUUACAGGCCGUACAUACAUGGCAAAGCGUUCACCCUGAGUUGGAUCUCGGUGCAGGUUGAAGAAAUUCAUUGUUCGUUUGGUUUGGCUGAAUUAAUUUUGUUGAGUGUGUAGCUGUUUGGCAGCUGACCAUGGCGAACCUUGUGCGGAGGUUGAUGGUGACAACUAGUGGCAGGGGCUCGCUUUUGCCCGGCGAGGGCUCCUCCAGGGGUUUUCUUGCGCACAGGCUGCUCUCAGUCUCUUCAGAAAAUACAACCACGUCAAGCGAGACUGAUUUCCCAAGUCAGGUGCCAUUAGCACCUCUUCCUCCGGAGGAGCUGGAAAUGGAGGCAUUGACACCUGUGAAAGUUGUAGAGAUGCUUGAUCGUUACAUAGUAGGACAACAAGAGGCUAAACGGGCAGUCGCGGUGGCACUCCGAAACAGGUGGCGAAGACAUCGCAUUCCAGAAGCCUUUAGAGAAGAGAUAGUACCGAAGAAUAUUCUCAUGAUCGGUCCAACUGGUUGCGGGAAGACAGAGAUUGCCAGAAGGCUUGCAAAAAUUGCGUAUGCACCGUUUGUGAAGGUCGAGGCGACGAAAUUUACAGAAGUUGGGUUUCAUGGUCGAGACGUAGACCAAAUUAUACGAGAUUUAGUUGAUAACGCCAUCGCCUUGCAACGACAGAAGAUGCGUGCAAAGUUAGUCAAGGAAGUGGAAAACGUGGUGGAAGCCCGCUUGCUUGACAUUUUCAUCAGUCGGCAACUUCCCCCUGUGGAGGUCAGUCCGAUUGAAACUUGGCCUCCUGCUCUAAACAUAGGUCAAGUGGGCUCUGCUUCUCGUGUUGAGGGUGAAUCUCCGGUCCCUGAAGCUCGUGUUGACUACGAAGCUUUUAGACAGCUCUACAGAGAUGGUGCAUUAGAUAAUCGCAAAAUACAGCUUGAUAUACCUGAUGGAAGAUCACGGCUUCCUUUGGAGAUAGGCGGUGCUAGUGGGUUUGGUGUGAACGAGUUGGUUUUCCGGUUGCCUCAGAUGGAGAAAUUUCUCAAGUCGCAGAGGAUGGAAAGAAUGGAAAUCACUAUAGCGGAUGCAAAACCUAUCCUGCGAGAAAUUGAAAUGGAGAAACGUCUAAACUUAGAUCAGAUCACCAAAGAUGCAAUAAUGCUAGCAGAAUCAGAUGGUAUUGUAUUUAUUGAUGAGAUUGACAAAAUCGUUACCAAUCAUGAGACUAGAUAUGGGGCAGACGCAAGCUCUGAAGGGGUUCAGCGUGACUUACUGCCAAUUAUAGAGGGCAGUGUGGUCAGUACAAAGUAUGGCAACGUGAACACAGAUCAUAUUCUCUUCAUUUGUAGCGGUGCAUUUCACUCAUGUAAACCAAGCGAUAUGCUUGCCGAGUUGCAAGGGCGAUUACCUAUUCGAGUGGAGCUGAAAGGGUUGGGAAGAGAGGAUUUAUAUCGGAUAUUGACAGAGCCCGAAACUAAUAUAAUUCGACAGCAGCAACUAUUGAUGAAGACAGAGGACAUUCAUCUGGUAUUUACAGACGACGCAAUUGAAGAACUUGCCAAAGUGGCUGCUGAGGUUAAUCGGUCAGUGGACAAUAUUGGUGCAAGAAGGCUUCAUACGGUUGUUGAGCGGGUUGUGGAGGACAUAAGCUUUCAUGCUCCUGAGAGAUCUGGAGAAACAUAUACGAUUGAUAAGGAGAGUGUGCAGCGGGCAGUUGGAGAUUUUCUGAAAAAAGCUGACCUUUCAAGAUUUGUGCUCUGAGUCCCAAAAUGAAAGCAUCCCGGCUGGAGUGCAUAUUGCAAGCAGUGGCUAGAAAUAAGAUCAGGAAGCCUUGUUGUUCAUUGAGGCAUUAAUCGGGCAGACCUUCCAGAUGCUGUGGUCGUCGAGAAUCACUUGCGUCCGUUGUAUUGAUUCCUUGGUCUAUGCUGAUUUAUCUUAAUUUGUUCAUAAUUUCUGCAUUGGAAACUUUGUGAUUAAAUUGAGAUGUAAAAUAUUUCAGUUUC